AUGACAGAUCGAGAUGAUGGCCAGAACCACCGAGACGCGAGCCCUCCGCAGCAGGACGACGGCCAGCCUGACCCCGAGAUCCUUCAUCCCCAGGAAGAGCCUUCUCCUGACCAGCCCCUCAUUGCCGAGGACCACAACCAUGAUCACCAGCCCUUGCCAGCCCAAGGCGGCGAUGAAAGCGCCGGCGAGGCUCUCUAUCCUCAGGGAGAUCUGUCUCCAGAUCAGAUCGAGGACCUUAACCCCGAACACCAACACCAGUGGGCUCAAGUCGGUAAUGAGAACGGCGGUGAGGCCAUGAUUUCCCAGAGAGACCCAUCUCCUGAUCAGACCGAGGACCCCAAUCCCGAACACCAGCCCCAGUCAGCACACGACAACUUUGAGAAUGGUGGGAAUGCGGAACCAGCAUCAACCUCGGCGACCAAUGCCGCUCUGCAAGACCCAAGGCCGGCAACGCAAAGCCAGGUCAUCGAAGGCUGGCUGAUGAACAUUGAUUUUACCCAGCGAGGACCAGAAUAUCCCGCCUCCUCACGCCAGAACUCGCCCGAACAUGAUUCAUCCUUGACUUACAGACUCUGGACUCCGCCCGACGACGACUCCGACACCUCUUCGUCUUUGCCGGGAAGUACACCAGAAAACCAGGUCAGUAGAGCCGGCUAUGCAGGGGCCACAAAAAGCAGACAGCGCAAACAAGGGAACGAGCUUCAGCGCAUCCUUUUGGGCCACGGCACUGUCAUCGACGAGGCGACAGGCCUCCCAACGCCCGCUGGGGAUAGUUUCCCUGUCGUCCCAGCGGUCAGGGACGACUUCCGCACUGACUGGGAGCUGCCGGACGACGCCUUUGGCAACCCGCAGUCAGUAAAGGCCGCGCCGCCGUGGAUCCCCGAUCCCAUGGACGACUCGCGCGACCACCCGGGGUUCAUGCUCGGCAGGCAGGUAAAGAUGACGACGAGGCCGAAGCGCAAGAGGAGCUUGAAAAAGACGAGGCAGCGCAUGCCCAAAGAGCGCAAGAUAGUGCAAGCGAAGAGGAAGGGAAAGCAGACGCAGCGGCGCGCGGACACGCCCACGCCCACGCCAACGCCUGAGCCCGAGAGCGAGCCAGAGGGCCUAUUCAAGCUCUCCGCCGAGCUGCGGCUCAAAAUAUACCGCGAGCUCCUCCUCUCCUACACGCCCGUCGUCGUCCACAGCGGCUGGCAUCUCGUGUACCGCCACCCGGCCACGCGGCAGCAGCAGGGCGAGCGCGCGGGCCAGCACGGGCUCGGCCUCUGCACCGCCAUCCUGCGCGCCCAUCCGCUUUUCUGCGCCGAGGGUCUCACCGUCCUGUACGGCGAAAACACGUUCCUCUAUCGCCUGCGCGAUCCGCCGCCCACCGUCACUGACGUGUCGCGCCUCGUGUAUGUGGAUGAUGAGGAUGAGUGCUGCGACGAAGAGGACGACGGCGGCGAUGACGCGCCCGGGGAGCGGGUCGAGGUCGAGGACGAUGAUGGCCAAGAGAGCGCCUCGGACUGGGACCAGGAUCGCCGCGCUGAGCAGGAAGACGGAGGCAGGAGGAGAAGGUCGAGGCGGAGGCGGACGAAAAAGGCCAGGUGCGACAUCUACGUCGACAAGUACCGCCACCUCUUCCGGCACAUCGUCGUCGAGGCUGAGCACAACCGCUUCUCCCGCUCCACCAUGCGAGCCAUGGCCCGCGCCAUCCGCACCUUUGGUCCCGGCAGCAGGCCCGCGGCAAACAUCCAGACCCUCGUCGUCCGCGUCGCGCCCCUCCGCGACCCCCGCGGCGGUCCCGGCCCAGGCGACGGCGACUUGGAGCCGCAGCAGCAGCAGCAGCAGCACUUUACCUUCGUCGACUUCUUCGCCCCCGACUCGCCCGUCCUCAAGGCCAUCCAGGCCGUCGAGUGCCACUUCCUGCGCGUCGAUCUUAUGACGCGCUACAUGGACGGUCCCGCCGAGCGCGCCGGCUGUAGCCUCACCGUCGACCGCCGACCCGAGAUUGUCGCCCGCCGCUACUAUCGCGAUCGCUGCCGCGGUUCCCGCCGCCUUGGAGACUGGCUCUCCGAUAGAGCCAUUCGCCGCGAGCGCAAGCGCAGGGCCAGGCUCGUCCACCGCGCUCUCCAGAGCCUCGGCGAUACCGUUCGCAAGUUUUGCUGGUCCUACGUAUACCGCGUCGUCGGCGGGUGGGAUGCAUUUGAGGACAUUGGUGACGGUUUCUAA